AUGUCUGAAGAAACUGCUAAAAAACGAAAAGAGAGACUUGAAAAUAAGAGAGCCAGUUAUAGAAAUGAGAAGUCUGAAACAAUUUCCGAUGGACAAAACAAAAGUUGUGCCAAUCCAAUUCAUGAACAAAAACAGGCACAAAAUAACAUGAACAUUUUUCAUAAGUCCAAUGAGUUUUCAGUUUCUCAAUGCACUGUGUGUUUUGAAGCAUGGCCAUUGAAAUCCAACCCAAGGAGGGCAAACCAUUACCAGUGUCAAAGGUGCCCAAGAGAUAAACAACAACCAAAGAAAUUUUCCAAGGAAAAUGACAUGUUGCCAUCAUUAGUACCUUUACAACUGCUAGGAUUAACCCAAGUAGAAGAAAUGCUUAUUGCACGUGCACUCCCUAUUAUGCGUGUUUACAUAAAACCUGGUGGACAAAGGGGCUAUUCGGGCCACGUUAUCAAUUUGCCUCAGAAUAUAGCUGAACUAGCACAUUCUCUGCCUAGAUACCCAAAGGAUUUAUCUGUUAUUGUUGUUAAAAAAAGGUAAAGACAACAGUUUUAAAGAUGUGACAGUACGAAGACAAAAUGUAGCUGAUGCACUGAAAUGGCUUAUCAAUAAUAACCCACACUACAAGGACAUAAACAUAAAUCAAGAUUCUUUAAAUUCUUUACCAGAAGAUGGUGUUCCACAUGAUCUUCUUUCAGUUGAAACCGAAAAUAUUGAUGAGACUGCUGCAUGUGAGCCUGACUUGGGUCCUCAAAAUGAAGAUGACAUUGUUUAUAAUGAGGGCACGGAAAUGAGUAGUUUUCUACCUAUCCCUGAUUGUCAAGCACAAGAAAUAGAUGCUGUCCAGCAACAACUGUGUCACCAAGCUACAAUGCCUUGGCCAACAGUAGAUAAUGAACCAAUGAAUGAGUACCUCACUCCCUUUCUAGCAACACUUGCUUUCCCAACAUUAUUUCCUGAUGGUAAGGGUGAUCCUACCAACCCGUCAUUACGCCGAGAUAUACCACUUGGAGAAAGAGUCAAGCACCUUUUAAAAUUUGGAGAAAACAAAAAUGGCAAAUGGGUAUAUCGCUUUGCUACUCACCCUAGAUUUGCUUACUGGGCAUUGAAUAUGAUACAAAGAAAACGUAUUCUACAACAGACAGGCAUGUUCCUAAAACAAAACCCAGGAGAAGCACAUUUGACUGCUGAAGAGCUCCGCCAAAUGGCAGCUAGCAAUAACACAAGUGUAUUCAUAUCUAAGAUAUCGCGCUAUCUUAGUAACAUUACAGGCUCUGAUGCUUAUUGGCAAAAAGCUAAAGAAGAACUAAAAGCAGUAAUAGCCCAUGCUGGGGCUCCAACAUUCUUUUCACAUUCUCCUCUGCAGAUAUGCAUUGGCCUGAACUUCAUGCACUUUUUGGCAACCAAGUUGGUGACACAGAUACAAAUUUGCCCGGCAACAAGCGCCAGAAUGUGA